GGCCCGGCCUGUGCGACUUGCCGUGCAAAAUCGCGGCGAUGCGACCGCGCCAGGCCUGCAUGCGGUCGUUGCGUGUCUAAGAACUUGGAAUGCGGCGGCUACCCCGAGAAAUACCGCUUCUGUGGGCUCGCCAGCCGGGGCAAAUGGAAAAACCGACAAGCACCGAUUGUGGGCGAUACCCCCAAGACAUCGCAUGUAAAGGCAAAGGGACUAUGCACUGAGCAUCCUUCAACACUUUCAUCCCACCAUCAAUCCACCAACGAGCUAUUGCGGUCUCGAUGGCUACCCGCGCUGCUCACCCAGCACACUCAUGAAUUUCUACUGACUAAGGCGCUACCGGAAAGUACCGGAACAGCCAGAGACGAUGCCUUGGUCCGGGACCAAAUAAAUAUAUUGCUUAGCCACUACGACUCUGUUAUCUGUCCACAUCAGAUACAGCAGUUCCCUAACGACGCGACGAAUCCUUACCGAGCAUUCAUUCUGCCUCUAGCCUACGAACAAUUUGGGCUGUUGUACGCCGUUUUGGGUCUUGCCGCCAACCACCUUGGUCAUCUCAACUCCGACAAGUAUCUUCUUGACACUGUUGCCGUCGAAUACAGGUCAAGGGCUCUUAAAGCCCUGUCAGACGCCAUUAGUAAGGGAAUCUUGGGCAAGCUGGGCCCGAGCGAGAGAGACUCCAUCUUUGCGAUGAUUCAGAUGCUACUCUUGCAUGACAUAAGCGAGUCAGGUAUAUCGGAACAUGGUAUUCAUAUCUCUGGUGCCGUAUCUAUUUGUUGUCGAGCAAUAGCAGAGCACGGAUUGUCGAAACAAAACGACUCACGGUCCAUAUUCUUCCUUGGAAAUCUCGUUUGGUUGGCUCCAUCUCUUACUCUCUUGUGGCUAACCAGUGCUAACGCUGACAGGCUUGAUAUCAUCCGCGCCUUUGCUCAUCCAGAGCGAUUGUGCUUCCCCACCGAUGUCCGAGAAUUCAUCAUUGAACUCAGUGACAACAAAUUGGAGAUGGUCAAUGGGUGUCCGAGGGAAAUAAUGCUUCUGAUGGGCGAGGCCCUAGAUCGAGCCAAGGCGUACGCCGAAUGGAAGAUCGGUCAUAUGGAAUAUUCUCAAGCCAUACGGGCUAUCAUCCGGAAACUCUACUCCUGGAACAGUUCGCGAGUUGCUUAUCCAACCAACGAUCCUCUUUGGUUAAAUGUGGCCGAAACCUUCCGACAUGCCUGUAUCCUACGGUCUCUGCGCCUGCUAGAUGACACACAGCCAGCUGAGGACCCAGAGAUCCAAGAGUCGGUCACAGCCAUCUUAGAUGCAGCUUCGGCAAUACCAGGUGAUAAUGCUCUUAUCGAGCUGUUGAUAAUGCCCCUGUUCAUGGCUGGGGCAGACUCCUUAAGCCCCCAUUCACGCCACUACGUCUUAUUGCGCUUUGUUGAGAUAAAGGCUCGUGGGGAGAUGUCCAUUCAAUCUCCACGAGACCUUCUCCAUCGUGUGUGGGAAGCGCGUUCCAAGAGGCCGAAACACGACCGGACAAACGUCCCCUGGAUGAUAUAUGUAAGU